AUGGAUAACUGUGUUGAUGUGAGCCGUGACCAGCCUUUCAAAGCAAUUCAUGACUACAGAUGCCUGUAUAAGAUGCACUGGAACCCGGAGCAUGCCCAGUCCCUCAGUCAGUCCCUCAGCCAGUCCCUCAGCCAGUGGCCUGAGCAGCACCUGGAUGUGUCUUCCACCACCUCCUCACCGGCCUACAAGUCUGAGCUUUACGCCGCUGGCCACGCCCACAGCCGAGGUGGCUACGCCUGGGCCAAUGAUGACAUCUCAGCCCUCACCGCCUCCAACCUGCUGAAGAGCUAUGCAGAGAAGUACUGUGAUGUUCUAGACUCGCCAUACGACCGUCCACCGGGGCCCGCUGUAGGGGCCUACCCAGAGCCAGGGGCUUUCGGGGGCCUUAUUGGCCUCAAGACUGAGCUGGAACCCUGGCCCCUGAGCCACAGUGCAGAGGGGCCCUACCCCGGGUCCCUGGAUGGUCUGUCGGGCCCGAAGGACGAGGCCACAUCAGCAGGGCCCCCAGGGGCCAGCAAUAUGUCGGGGGUCAAAAGUAACCUCUCAGAGUCUUGUUAUAGUGGUAGCAGCUCCUCCUCUGGCUCUCACUCAGGUGACUACAACCGCCCCAGCUACAACGGUACCUACGUCUCGCCUGGCUACUGCCCCCAGCCCCCUUCAGCACACCCCCCUGCCUCCCUCCAACACCCCCUCCAGCCCACACCCACCCUGUUGCCCAGCUACUCCCUCUCCACCUCGGUCUACAACUACCCUCCGAGCAGCUACCCCCACCAGCCCAGCCUGGGCCCCACCUACAGCCACCCCUCUGCAGGGUACUUACUCCCGGGGCUGGCCGCCCCCACUCCCCUCCCGUCUCGGCCCACUGUGGUCGGGGGUAGCUACGGCUACCAGGAAUCCGGAGGUGGGCUGAAGAGGAAGGCGUUUGAAAUGUCAUUAGACGAGGAGGAGGAUGGCUCUAGAUACAGUAAGUAUACAGGCUACGACCCAGUGAAGCCUGGAGGAGGGGACUCUCUCUCUCCCUACAGAGUGGGAGAUAAAGAAAACAGUGGCUUCACCACGGGCAGCACAGAUCCCCAGGCCUUCAAGCCCAGUAAGCCCUCUUCCCAGCCCCUCGUGUCUCCUCCGUACAGGGUGGCUUUAGCAGGGGACUACAGCCCACCAGCAGGGAUGACUGGGGAGAACGUAGGAGGAGGAGGAGGGUCAGAGAACCAGGGCUUCACCCAGCAGCAGCACCACUCCUCCCUGGUCCACAACAAUAAACUCCGCUCCCUGCAUGGCCAGGGCCAGCCUGGGUCUGGACCAGGGGAGUCGGGCAGCCCAAACCCCAGGCUUCUAGAUCUAGUCAACGGGGAGUUGCUGGACUGCAGCCCGGCCUUGCUAUGGGGGGAGCUGGCUGGGCUGACCCACGUCAAGGCUGCCCUGGAGGAGGAGCUGUUGUGGCCCUGUCUUCGGCCCAGCCCCGCUGUCCGCCCCCCAGCCACCAUUCUGUUAUUCGGACCCAGAGGAGGCGGGAAGACCACCCUAGCUCGCUCCAUGGCCUCCCAGCUUGGGGCCUCCUUCUAUAGGCUCAGUGGGGCCAUGUUAGCCUCUAAAGGCAAGGCUGAGGCUGAGGGGAUCCUGGGGGCCACACUGCAGGUGGCGGGGUUGAGGCAGCACUCCGUGGUGCUGCUCAGUGAGGUGGAGGCUAUGGAGAAGGAUGAGGGGUUGAGGCAGGUGUUGCUAUCUGCCCUGGAGAAGGCCCAGAUGGAGUUAGGGUUGGCGGGAGGAGCCCCUGGGCUGGUGAUCAUGGUGUGUGCCACCGGUAGGCCAGAUCUGCUCCAGGAUGCUGUGCAUCGGAGCUUCGCCAAGCGCUACCACGUGGGCCUGCCUGAUGCUUUUUACAGAAAGCCGAGUUGAGCGCAACGUGCAUCUCGAGUUAGUUAGGAUUCCAUCCAAAGAUCUGGGUUAUUCGUGAUCCAAGACAUAAAUCAGCAAUGUGUUGUCAAGGUGACAUGGUCCAAGGAAAUGGAUAAUCAGGGUCCUGUUCAUGAGGCACCAAACAAAAUAAAACAUACAGAAACAGGGAAGGAACAAGCUGGAUUUGUCCAUUAAGAAAUAUGUAUUUUCGAUUUCCAUUGCAAAACAGACUGAAUAGGGCCAGGACUUCCU